GAGGAAUUCCACGGAAGACAUUUACUGCGGAACGGGGGUGUUCAUACAAACCGGUUCCGGGUGUCACUAGGCUGCUGGCUAACAUUAGCUGAAAAGCAAUCUCCGCUGCAGAUUCGUCCACAGUGUGGAUUGACAGAAAUCCAAGAUCAGGAUGGACGGUGAAGAAAGAACCUAUGGUGGCUGUGAGGGGCCAGAUGCCAUGUAUGUGAAGUUGAUCUCCUCAGACGGCCACGAGUUCAUAGUGAAAAGAGAACAUGCCUUGACAUCUGGGACUAUUAAAGCCAUGUUGAGUGGGCCAGGUCAGUUUGCUGAGAAUGAAACCAAUGAGGUGAACUUCAGGGAGAUUCCGUCUCAUGUCUUGUCCAAGGUGUGCAUGUAUUUCACCUACAAGGUCCGUUACACCAACAGCUCCACAGAAAUCCCUGAAUUUCCCAUCGCCCCGGAGAUCGCACUGGAACUGCUGAUGGCUGCAAACUUUUUGGAUUGCUAAAGUUUCAGAGAUCAUGUAGAAGCUUAAAACAUUUUUUGGAUUUUUUAAAAUAUUUAACUUGUUUUGCCAUGUACAUCAUAUGAAACAUGAAUGAGUAUAUAAAACCACGAGACGUUGUUGUUAUUUUUUGCACCUGGCUUUCUGUUUGAAUUUUAUUAGUAUUAAAGAAUUUUGUUUUAAUAAAAUGAAAGGAUAUGACAGGCUGCAUCCCUUCCCCAAGAAUGUGAUAAAUGUGUCCCCUGCCCCAAAAAUCUUUGUUCACCUCCAUCUUAAUAAAAUACCUGUUUGGUGA